AUGUUGAGCGACAUUAUGAGUGACAUUGACAUUGGAAAGCGAAUUUUCGUCAAAGGAUUUUCUCCGGAAACGACCGAAAACGAGCUCAGAUCUUAUUUUGAGAGAUUUGGCGCGGUCAAGGAAAGCAAAGUCGUUCGAGACCGCAACGGAUUUAGCAAAGGAUACGCUUUCAUUACAUUCGAAUCGCAAGAGGUGGCUGACAAAGUCCGCGACCAAGAAAGCCUUGAAUUUGAGGGGAAAAGCUUGAACAUUGGCAAAGCGGUCCGUAGAAAGAGCAAAAGAAGUUUUGGGAAGUACUAUUACCAUCGACAAGACGUGCAUGACACGUCAAGUCAUGGUAGCUAUUAUGCAUUUUCGACAUCCGAUGGAAGCAUGUACUAUUCUCAGAUGAAUCAACAGCCUCACUUUGUUUUGGUCCCGGCCUAUUCCCCACAGAUGCACUAUCAGUCGCAGAGUCCGUAUCCUCAGCCUUCCCAUUCAGCUUCUCAACCGAUCUACACAACAACAGCUGUGUUAGGAAACUCUUAUCUCCAGCCUACGCCAUAUUCGUUCUCUCCAGGACAUUCGUGGAAUGAGGUGGCAGCAGUUCCAGUGAACGCUGCAGUCGUACCAAAAGUCCAUCAUCAGUUUCCCUCCGAAAACCAGACGGAAAUUGCUGUUGCUAGCACUCAUGCUCCACCAGCUCAAAUAGUGAGUUUGGCUAUUCCUGAAGGCAAUUAUGUGUCAGAUGUCGGAGCAGUUUCUGGCGUAGGAGAGGUAGGCUUGUUGUUGUUUACGCGGGAAGUCUAUUUGACCUUGCUCUAUGCAACAAUGUAAUUUGUCUAUGUUUCUGUCUCGUUUCAGUUGGUUUUUGAAAGUCCUAAAGGAAAAACAGAAAAAAAAGUACAGGCUAUAAAGUUUUUAAAGAAGCAUGAACCAUCAAGUCCUGCUGCAAUAUCAGUACCUCCAACCGCUACUAUUCAUGUUAUUAACGGACAAGUCCCAUCCACUCAGUAA